AAAUUGAAGAGAUUAUCUGCAACGACAGCAACUGCCCUCCAGUUCUGGAAUCAAAAUUAUGUCCUGCCGAUUCAUUCCUCACAACAUCGAAGGCAACCUACGACGACGAGCAGAUCCCCAGCAGUGACUUGGAUCAUAGAAACAGUAACGACGUGGUUCCGAAUAAGGAAACCGCCAUCGAGAAGAGUAACUUAUUUCUGUUGCCGGAGCAGACGUCAUAUUGCGUGUGUAAUGCUUCAGUGUGUGAGGUACCGAUGUGUUCUCCUGGAGAUGUUCUUCACCUUGUCGACAAUGCGACUGGUCUCCCUGGUGCCUGCUGCAGCAUUUUCGUGUGCGAAAAGUCGGAAGUGUGCCGGUCAGUCAUAUGCCCACCUUAUGAAGAGACCCGAUGUCCAGGCGACAGUGUCCGUCUUCCUUCUAAGUGGACGGAGAACCACUGUUGUGAACUGCAGCAGGAUUGCGUAUGUUCAGAUGAAGACCAAUGUGAGCCAGUGUUUUGUCCGCCAGGAUUUCAAGUUCAGGUGACAUCCCGUGCUACAGGGCGUCCAGGUUCUUGCUGUGAUCGAUUUCGCUGUGUGAAUG